UUUCGUGUAAACAUUGUGAGCGUUUUUGUUCUGCGCUUUCGUGAAGUAACAUCGGAAUUUAAUCUAUAAAUGAAGCUCCGAGAUGCCAAACAGUGCCAAAAAGACGGAGUCUACACGGAGCAAUAGCUCGACUCCACGAAGACCACGUAAGCGGCGCCGGGUAGACCGCCAGAGCCUGGAUUCACAGUUGGAUGAGGAUGCCAAGGAGAUCGAUCGCCGGCUGCGAAAGGUGGCCAAGGAGAACUCAAUUAGCACCGAGGACAUGCAAAAGGUGGUGAGAAAGGUGGUGCGCAACGAUCAUGUAUUGGCAUUGGUCACCUUGAAAGCAGAGGAUGAGCUGGCGCGGGAGAAGCUGGAGUCAGCGGAGCAGCAGAAACGAGGUGCUAUCAUUAUCACUGACACUCCGUCCGUACCGAAACUCACCCGUGCCAAAGCACGUGAGCUGAACUGCACUCCUGGCAUUUCCUUGCCCCAGCUUAACGAAACUCCCACCGACAAUGAUGGGAUUCAGGCUUUGAUAAGGGAGGAUUUGCACUCCGACGAGGAUGACGAGGAGUACACCUUUAAGGAGGAAGAUUUUCAUUCCGACGAUGAUCAGAAUACCACAGCAUCGGAUUUCGACUCCAACCCUUGCACACCCCAAACACCACUCACUGCCAAUGAGGAAUCCCCCGUUAAAUUUUCUGACGACGGUUGCUUUAAGGUGCCGUUUGAUAAGAAUCUCGACAAGGAGGAUCUGCGUAUAGCUACCAGAACGCGCUCCAAAUUCUGUCUACAGCAGACCACAAUCGAGGACUUGCAGUCGGAAUUUGUUCCGCCUGAUGUGGAGCCCAGUGAUGUAGUAGAGAACGAAAUGACCGCCACGGAUGCGGAUUGGAUGCAGUUCCUUAACGACUUCACAAAGCCUCUGAACAACACUGUUCUGGGCGAUGAUGAUGAUCCCAUUAACGAUCCGGAGUAUGAGGCCGCUGAUCACUUGGAAUCAGAGUAUGAAAAUGCAGAGGAGCUACGCGAUGUAAACAUAUCCAAAAAGGAGUUGACUGACCUCGUAUCUGAACUAUUUGCUGGGCUGCUGCAAGAGGGAGUUUCUCUGGAAUCAAUUGAAUUGGAAACCCCACAGAAAUUCAUAGAAAGUGCCAACGUUUCAAUGGCUCCUGUUGAUCAGGUUACCCGGAAUAUUGAUUUUGACGGUCAAACAGUACUUAAUGGACAUCAGCCUGAGCCAGCCUACCAACCAAGUACAAUUCUCCCACCAUGUCAAGAAAACAAUUUAAGCAUGGUCAUUCCCGUUCCCGUGGCUGUGGUGCAGGGUGAAAAUCUUGGAUCAUCGCCUUGCAAGGUUGUUAACAUACCGUCAGAUGCUUUAGGUGCUCCUCCAGAACUUAUAGCCGUACCAAUACCGGGACAACCCAAUUGCUUCCAACUGGCCAAAGUUGUAGCCAAUGACUCCACUUUUAUAAGUCCUCCAUUGGCAGAAGAAUCGACCCAGGAUUACUCCAACUUGGAGCCAAUUCAACCUCCCAUUUUAACGAAAAACCUUGAAGAUCGCUACGACAAACCGUAUGAUACAAAUUUUACCAGUGAAUACAUAUCGGUAAAGAGACAUGUUUAUUCGGAAUAUGAUGAUCAUUUUGAGAACCUGCGUAAUGUGCAGCCACCAAACAUAAAUAAUCUCGCCAGAAGCAGGGGAUUCACCAAAUCCCAGCAUGACAUGCUUCAGCAGCAGCUUCGUAUCCACACCCAGAUGCUGACUCAAAGCUUUCUACAAACCUAUUCCCACCCCACUUUUUAUCCCAUGGCCAAACAGCCCAAGGAAAUGCUGGAGGAACUCCACACCAAGGCAAACAAAAAUGCCAGCUUUAAUUGCUGGAACCUAAAGGAAGCUGUGCAGCUGGUAAGGAAGUGGGAGCACGAUCUGUGUAGUGAUGAAUUUAAGGAGGAGAACGAGAAGAUGAUGGAGUUUAUCAACAAGGAAACCGAUUUGACUGAUGGAACAACACGUCAGGUUCCUAGGCUAGCUCCUCGUAUUAUGGAUCUCAUGCUGGAUAGUCGAGUGUUUAUGUAUCCUCAGUACCUUCCCCGCAUGGCUUUUCAGCCAAAAUUCGCGCAAGUAACUGCCUAUGCGCCCUCCGAGUAUCAGCUGAUUGCCAUCGGUCUGGAGAAGCACAUGGAGGCCAUUAAAAAAGCUAAUAGACCUUUGCGGAAGGGUGCAGAUCCCAUCCGUGUUGCCUGCAAGCGAAUGGCUAAAGAUACGAUUUAUGGCAAGACAGGCCGCCGAAUUUUCAUGAAGGUUACCGAGCUUCGUGAAUCGAAACAGUACAAUCCAGUAAAGUAUUUUCUUGAACGCGAGCGAGCGCCUCCAGCCAACCACAUCCUUUGGGGUUUCGAAGGUGGACUUGUUAGAACUCCCCGAGAACGUCACAAGGAGCUGCCCAGUGGGUGGCAAUACUACAUUGAGAAAACCUGGGAACAGAAGCGCACCCGACGCAAUUUUAAAGCGUUGAGAGCGUCCUCACAAGCCAGUGCCUCGUAUUUAGAGUUUGUGCGAGAGGCGGUCGGCGAGGAUUUGCUGCUGCCGGAGAGUUUUGGCCAGGCUGCAGUACCCGAUGGCAGUGCCGCUGGUUCGGAGCAGCUUAGGGAUUGUAAAUCAAGGCAGAAUCCAGCGCAGAGGAAGCCACGCCCAGCGGAACAGCCCUCCCUGCUCACUAUCAAUGUAAAUUAUGUUUUUGGCGGCCAUGCGAACAAGGGAAACUUACCCGGAGUGUCUGGGGUAUCAGUGCCUUUUGUGUCCGGUGGUAGUUUGGCGGACAAUGUGCUGAACAUCAAUCGCAGCUUGGUUACCAGUUCCCAGUGCAGUGAUAUUCUCGCUCUACCGCCUGCUCCUCCGCCACUGGCCAAAGAUGCUCCGCCCGCCAUAAACUACAAAGUAGACGAGUUUACAAAUACUCUGCAGAUCUGCGAAUUGGAAGACUCCUGCGAGGUUGUACAGCAGGAGCUGUUGCCUGAGCAAGAAAGUAACGCCUCCGUUGUGGGCAAAAACGCCAAGAGGGCUCGCUACCAAAUCUUUAAGCCAAAGGUUCAAUCCUGCAAUAAAUCGCGAAAGGGAUCAACGCCAGGCCGGUGUCGCUACCACAAAUUGCGCGAACGUUUGCGCCAUAAAUUGAGCAAGCGUUGCCAUUCGCUAAUCACUGAAUACGGAUCCUACCUGCGUCGACGCACGGAAAAAUAUAAAGCCUGCGAGUUGGUACAGCUCGUUCACACUCGUUUCGUGGCCCUGGAACUGUACACCCAACUGCUGGUCGAUUUAAUGAUGUUCUGCAGCACCACCACUCCAAAACCGGCAACGGCAACUCAGCCAAAAAGAUCCAGAAGUGACGAUGAGGCAGCUAAGCUCAAAAGAGCCAACCGCCAGGAGGAGUUGCUGCGUCAUAUGCUCAAGCCGGACUCUGCAGAGGAGAGCAAUCGCAAAGAUGCCAUUUUCGCGCUAAAUUUCUACGACAAAGUAGAGGAGGCCCUGCUGAAUGCUGAUCGCAUAGAGGACUGCAGAAAAUUUAAUAGUCUGCUGCAGAACUUUGAUCCCAGGCAAGAGAAAGUCUCAUCUCUUUAUCUGAAAGUGGAACAAAUCUUACUACCCGAUCAUCCGGAGUUGGCAGAAGUAUUCCUUAACUUUUUGCUACCUGCUGAGGCCGCCGAGAUAGGGAAAUUCUUUGAACACUUUAUGAUUAGCAAUGCCACCAACUUCAUCAACAAACUCAACAUUUACUUUAGCAAGCAACCUGCUCAGAUCAGAAAAAUAUAUGCCUGUCUCAGCGAGUUGGCCGAAUUGCCCAAUGUCAGCAUGAAAAAAGUUGAAAACAAGAUAAUGCCCUUGCUCAAGGGCAAUCAGUUUUUGGUCGACUGGUUUGUGCAACAAUUUCCUCAGGGAAAGCCCCCUAAAAGAAUCCUGUCUCCUGUGGAGACUAUUAAUAUGCAUGAUGUCCAAAACAACACUACGGGAGAAUUUACGGAGACGGUUCACGAGUUUUUGGAUGUACCUACUCCAAGUAAACCUGGCUGCCACUUGAAAUAUAUUAAUGGUCGAAUAUUCUAUGGGGCUAAGAUCCUGCUACCUGCCAAGCUUUCCUUUAUGGCUGCUAGUAUUUACAAUGAGCAGUCUCAUGACGUGCCAACGGUCUCCAGUGAAUCCCUGACUUGUGCUCAUGGUAUCCGUGCUCAGGGAGAGAAACUUCUUAGUUUGGCUGCCAACGCGGAUAGCGACGAUGCUGCAGAUCGGAGUGAGGAGGAUGAUGCCAGUCGCGCUUUGGUGAUAGAUACAACGGGCGAUGAGCAGAACAGUUGCUCAUCCAUCGAAAUGUGCGACGAGGCGGGUUUAAGAGCGCAUGCAAUUCGAUUGAAUGCCAGUUUAUAUUCAAACUCCAGCUUUGGUAAUGCAACCACCAGUACGCCUAAUGUGGGCCACUCUCACGGCCACCAUCAUCCGCAUGCUAAGAAAACUGCCAUUAACUUUGGUGAAAUAUCGCCCCGCAGGCAGUCCACGUUAAACAACUCGGGAAUGAGUCCUUUAUCGGCGACGAACCAUAGCUCUCCUCAUGUAGACAAAAGAAAAUCACCCACCAAAAAGAUUCGAUCUCCUCUAAAUCAAUCAGGGAGGCAACGGGCCAAUAACCAACCUAUGGUGGUAAUCCAUGAGUCACCGUCUACCUCCUCGCCAGCCAUAGAGUGCGCCAAACGAUUGCGAACGCUGAUCGAUCAGGAAAGUGUUCGGGAUGCGGCGGACACAAAGGCGGGCAUACGGAUUAUAGCGCAGGCCAAACAGCAUGCACCUACGCCACCAAUUAGCGGCAGUCUGGCACCCGUUACCAAAAUUGAGGUUGAAAGCCAGGACGAGGGUGAAGAGAACAUUCAAGUUUUCACGCCCCUUAAAAUGGAUCUGGACCAUUCGGAGGAGGAGCUGGAACCCCUGCAUGUCAGUGCGGGCAAUACACCACAGCACGUGAUUACCACGCAAUUCGACAGUGACGAGGACUGCAAGCUGGAUGUUGUGGCCACGCUAGCCAAUUGCUCUCCCACCGAAGAUCAGCCAGCUUCCGCAUCUACAUCAACUGUCAGCGCGUCUCAAUCUGAGUCUGGCAGUUCCCACUCAGCUCCCUGGACUCGCGAAGAGGACAAAGUUAUUCUAAUCGAAAUGAAAAUGGGGGCUCGCGAUAGAGAGCAGCUUAUAAGGCGAAUUUGCGCCAAGCUUAAGCAUCGCAGCGUAGGCGAACUGCGCGGAAGACACCAGUUCCUCAUGGACUUUCUAUCUAAACUACAGGGCAAGUAAGCUUUGCCCUAAAUAUUUUCGUGUGUAUUAUACAAGCUGAAAUAGGUUACUAGACUAAGUUUAGCAUAACUGUACAUAUCUAAUGAAGCCAAUCAAGUGGUUACACUUA